GGAGAUUCGAACAGCGCACCUUCCAAGGCUGGGACGAGUCGCUUAAGCUACGCAAUUGGCGGCCCUACUCCACUUCGCGCUCGCGAUCGAUCUCGCCGUGGCGCUGGAGCAUGGGAGUUCAAGGUGCCGCCAUCUCCUCCUCCUCCUCCUCCUCCUCCUCUUCCUCUCCAUCUCCAUCAGCUCCUUCCAGGGCGGCGGCGGUGGAUCGGGUAGGCGACCGGGAGAUGCUCAUGCCUAUCGGCAAUGACCUCGAGGAUCCUCUUAAGGAGGGCGCGCCCACGCCGUCUGGGUAUCACUCCGGCCGCGAGGCUUUCUACGCGGUCCUCCAGAGCUGGGCGUCCAAGAAAUUCAUGAGUGGAUGUGUGAUCCUCUUUCCGCUGGCGAUCACCUUCUACAUCACUUGGUGGUUUGUGGAAUUCGUGGAUAGCUUCUUCCGGCCGGUCUAUGCCCAUCUGGGGAUAAAUUUCUUUGGACUUGGAUUCGUGACCACCAUCGUCUUCAUAUUCCUGGUGGGAGUUUUUGUUUCGUCGUGGAUGGGAGCGUCGGUUCUUAUGGUCGGCGAGUGGGUUAUCAAACGUAUGCCUCUCGUGAGACACAUAUACUCGGCGUCCAAGCAAAUCAGUGCUGCGAUCUCUCCAGAUCAAAACACCCAGGCUUUCAAGGAGGUGGCGAUCAUACGACACCCUCGUGUUGGAGAGUACGCGAUUGGUUUCAUCACGUCUAGCCUCAUUCUCCAGAAUGAAUCUGGCGACGAGGAACUUUGCAGCAUCUACGUUCCCACAAACCAUCUCUACAUUGGAGAUAUCUUUCUCGUGAACUCGCGGGACGUGAUCAGGCCCAACUUGUCAGUUCGAGAAGGCAUCGAAAUUGUAGCAUCGGUUGGAAUGUCCAUGCCGCAAUCGAUCACUUCCAUCGACAGGCGCGAUCGAAGAAGUAGCAGCAGAUAAAUCAGUGAAUUUUUUCUUUCCUAUCGUGACUACAGUUUUGGUUUUGUUCUAGUCUUGUAAACUAAAUGAAUCAAGAGGUGAGAGAUGAAAAAGUGUGUGAUCCUUCAA